CCUCCUCUGUCUUUUUGUUUGUGUUUUCAAGUUUACGUGUCUUUCACAAAAUUUUGUGAAUUUAUGAUAUUAUUUAAUCAACAAUUUAUUUAUCAUCAUGAUCUUUAUCCUGUUGUAAACUAAACUAUGCUUAUAAAUCUGCUGUUCGUCAUCAAUUCUAUCUGAAUGAGGCAAAGUACUUAACUUAUGUGUUGUGUGUUCACUAUACCAUUUUUCCUCUUAUUCACUAUGCACCAAUUUAAUUAUAUAUGGUAUUCUUAACGCUGUUAAGUUUCGUUAGUUCUGUUCAAUAUUCGGUUGUGUGAAUAAUCUUUCAUCAAUAUCCUAGUAAUAACUUCAAUUCAUUCCAUUCAAUUUCGUGUCAUUUACUUUGGUUACCAUAGCUAUAAACAAAUACUAAAGAUAAAUAUGUAUUGGAUCAAAGAAUCAGGAACCAAUUGGUUACAAUCAUUCGUCAUUAACAUUGUUAAAAGAGGUAAACUUCCGCGGCAUAUCGCCUUCAUCAUGGAUGGUAAUAGGCGAUAUGCCAAGAAAAAUCAUCUUGCUCGGUCAACUGGCCAUCUUCAUGGUUUCGAUACUCUUUCUAAAAUUCUUGGUUGGUGUAAAGCUUUAGAUGUAAAGGAGAUAACUAUAUUCGCUUUCAGCUUUGAAAAUUUCAAACGAAGCCAAGAGGAGGUUGAUGAUUUGAUGGAAAUUUCAAGAGAAAAAUUUGACCUUAUGAUUAAAGAAAUUGAUAAGAUCAAUGAACAUGGUAUUUGUGUAAGAUUUUGGGGAGAGCUUGAACUUCUUCCAGAUGACAUUCAAGAAAGGUUCACGUUCAUAAUGUCAGCGACUCGUGACAAUAAAAGAGCUUACUUAAAUGUUUGUUUUGCAUAUUCAUCGCGAUGUGAAAUUGUUGGUGCAAUGAAUAAAAUAAAAGACGAAGUUGUAAAUACGAAAUUAAAAAUUAGUGAUAUCAAUGAAAAUUUAAUAACCGAUUACCUUUACUCUGCUGGUAGCCAACCGCCUGAUUUGUUGAUAAGAACUUCUGGUGUAGUUCGAUUAAGUGACUUUUUAUUGUGGCAAUCAAGUUUCACUAUCAAUGCCUUUGUCGAUGUACUAUGGCCAGAGUUUUCUUUCUGGGAUUUAAUAGGAUGUUUAUUGAAUUAUCAAAGAUACGAAGCUCAAGUUAACCAGGCUCGAAGGACAUAUCUAUCAAAGAAAAUUUUACCUGAAAAAAGUGUAACAAAGAAACUUCCGUGUCAAGUCAACAAUUAAUCAUAAUCAGAGUUGCUUGUUUUUUUUCAAUUCAAUAAGCGUGUGAUUUUGUGCAGUUUGGAGAAACCUGUAAAGAAUGAUUAAGGUCAAGUCAUGUUAGGUUAACCGAAUUGCAAUUGUUACUUGUCAGAAUCAGAAUGUAAUAACAUGAAGAAGAAAAGGAAGAGCAAAAGAAGUAAAAAAGUCAUCAUGUGUGUUAUGAUGAGACUUUAUCUACUGAUUGUUACCGGUUAGCUUGUGUGUGAGUGUCCUAUAAAAAAAUGAUUAUGAUGAGUUGUAAUUCUUUUGAUCUUUCUCUUCUUUCCUUAUUGUUGUCAUCUUAUUCAGAAAUAUAUAUUUAUAUAUUUAUUUUUGUAUUGAAACGCUAAGGGAAGAAGCCAAACGUUGUUUGAGCAGAGUUUUAAGCCAAUUGUAAUGUCAAUAGAUAACAAAAAUUUACCAUUUGAUGAUUGUGAUGAAAUAAUGAUUUAUUAUGAUCAUGAAUAUGCAAUUACUUCCUAAGAAAUUUACUUUCAACUAAUUAUUCAGAAUAUAAUUUACUCAGGAUAAUGAAUAAAUUCCAAAGUGUAAAAUUUAGCGUUGAAACGCACACGUUUAAUGAAAAUUAUUGUAAUGAUAAACUCAAUUUUAUAUUUUUAA